AUGUUGAAGAGAGCAUGUGACCUUUUGGAAGAAAUUGAGCUGUUAUUAGAUAUGAAAGGUAAUGCUAUCCCUGAAUUGAGAGAUAAGGAAUGGGGAUAUGAUUUAGCAUUUUUAGUAGAUAUGACUGAUCAUCUUAGUGCACUGAAUGUUAAACUUCAAGGAAACGAUCAACUAAUAAAAGAGAUGUACUCACUGAUCAAAGGCUUCCAGAUAAAAUUGCGUCUGUGGGAGUCAAAAAUCAGAAACCAAAACCCAGCCCAUUUUCCUACGCUGAAGAACCAUGACACUAGCAACCCUCAGUAUCAGAAUUAUGGUGACAAGUUGGCAGUCUUACGAGAGGAAUUUUCAGAAAGGUUUGGUGACCUCAAGAAACAUUCACAAGCCAUUGAAGUCUUUGCUUCUCCUUUUUCUGUGGAUGUGACAGCAAUUCCUGAGGACAUACAGAUGGAAAUAAUUGAACUACAGUACAAUGAUGAACUAAGAAAGAAGUUUGAUGAUAGUUCAGUAUACCAGUUUUAUAAGAAGCAUGUAUCUGUAACAGUGUAUCCAAAACUCUCUGCUCAUGCAAGGAAAAUGAUGGCCGUGUUUGGUAGCACAUAUGUUUGUGAGCAGCUCUUUUCAAAAAGGAAUCUGUUUAAAAACAAGUAUAGGUCUGUACUUACUGAUGGACAUUUGGUAUGUACCCUGCGUGUAGUCACAUCAUCCAUACAGCCUGAUAUUGAUGAGUUGGUGUCCCAAAGGCAACAUAACCAUCUCACUAGGCCUCUCCCUCUUACUUGUGGGAAUACCAUCCCCUCCUUUUCCUCUGCCUUCUUCCCUGUUCAUAUGCCUCCCUCCAGCAUCCCAUCCCCUCCGAUAAUGGCACCCACUACUGAUUCCCACUCACUCAUCCACCCACCCCGAUGGUCCGACAUUCCUAUCGUCCUCUCCUCUCUUUUGUUGGACGAUUAUGAAAUGAUCAUCGGGAUGAGAGACUAUUAA